AUGACAGGCUUGAAAGGAGGAGCAUCCUGCCAACAUAGAAGUAAAAAAUCAUUGAUUAAUAGUAAAGCAGUGAGAGGUAGUUUGAAGAAGAAAGUGAGUUCAUGUGAGGAUUGUGAUCGCUUGGAGAAGAAUGGUAAAGGAGCAUUACGAGAAGACACAGAAGUUCAAUUAUGUUUAACAUGUGGUUUGAUAGUUUGUAAUACACAUGCGAAACAGCAUUAUGAAGCCCAAAGAACUGGAGGCCCGCAUCCCUUCCUUUUUAACCUCAGCAAGACUACCAUCAGAUGCCAUCCAUGUGAUACUACUUUGGAACCCUUAGAAGAUAAUAACGAUCCUGUUCGCUUAUUCUACAAUGAUUUCAAAUCGUUCAGCAAGACCAAAUUAAAUGCUCAAAAUAGAGUGGGGCCUUCCAAUGAAGUCAAAUCCACAAAUGGCUUGGAAAUCGAAAGCAUAACUGUUGAGAACGGCGACUCCAAAAGCAUUAGUAGCUCGAAGGCUACAGAAAACACAGGCCUAGUUAAUAAUGAGAAAGGUCAAACAGUCAAUCGGAAUGUAAUCCCUGCUAAGGGUCUGCAAAACCUUGGAAAUACUUGUUUUUAUAAUAGCGUUAUGCAGUGUAUAAUGCAUACACAUCAUCUCCAAUACUACUUCGAGCGGUUUAGUCGAGUCCAUAGUUUAUGUUUCCGAGACCGGAGAAAGGUUACUGUCAAUGAAGAUGAAGUAGUUUUAGAGUCUGCCAGUCUUCCUAUAACUCAGACUGAUGCUCCUUUGAACAACAACUUACGUGGUUUUCUAGCAGAGUUCCGCUCAGGAACUUCUCCUGGGCCAGGAACUGUUUUUGCUCAAAUAGCUAAAAAAGCUCCCAGGUUCAAAGGAUGGCAACAGCAGGAUGCUCACGAAUUACUGAGGUACUUGAUGGAUGGCUUACGUAGUGAAGAGUUGGAAUGGUACAAACAUGGAAUAGCCAAUCAUUUGGGAUUAAAAACCUCGAGUAAUCCAAGAAAACUAGACGCAGAAAUAGUAAAAAAAGCUAAAGGAUACUUACAAGCCGCGGGACGUCCUUUACUUGACGCUGUUUUUGGCGGAACGUUGCUUCAAACUAUAAGAUGUUCAGUUUGCACGCAUGUCAGUGAAAGGAAUGAACAGUUUCUCGAUUUGUCUAUACCUAUUUCUAACAAUAACGGAGUAAAUAGGAUAGGAAACAGUAGUAACGUUCUGAGCGCUCAUCAGAGAAAGAAGGCUCAAAAAAUGAAUCGCAAGAAUAGAAGACGGCCUCAGCCUUGCAACAAUUCCUCAUUAGACACAACGGAUGAUUUGAAUGAAGAUUUAAAUGGUCUGGAAAUCUCUGAUCCAUCUGAUGAAGAAGAACAAAGCAUGAGUACUGGUACUCGCCUAGAUUUCACGAAAGUACUUGUUUCUCCUCCUAACGGAUACAGUCAUGAGAGAAGUUUAGGCGCUUGUUUGUUAGAGUUUACUGCCGAAGAAGUGCUUGCUGGUCCCAAUGCAUACGAGUGUGAGAACUGUUGCUCUCCUAUCAACAAGAAGAACGGUGCCAAAGGUAACGAUAAGAAGCGAGUUGAAGCGUUGAAAAGAUAUCUGAUAUACGAACCUCCUGUAGUGCUCACUCUUCAUCUUAAACGCUUCCAACAACUGAGUGGUGCAACCGGGCGACUAACAACGAGAAAAUUGGGUGGACACGUUGAGUUCCCUUUUCUUUUCGAUAUUGCACCAUUCUGCUGCAAGAAUGUUGGGAGAAUUGUUCCUGGUCAAAAGAAGAUAGUUUAUUCCUUAUAUGGUGUAGUUGUACAUUCUGGCGAUUUAUCAGGUGGACACUACAUUGCAUACGUUAAAAGUCGUCAUCGGAUUCCUAAUGCUCUCAACUUUUUGGAAAGCGCCCGUGCAUCUACUGUGGAUGGAUUAUCAUUCCCAGAUAUUGAGAAGAGUGUACCGAUUCCUGAGUCUAUUGAAUCACCAGAUGGACAAUGGUAUUAUUGCAGUGAUAGUCGUGUCAGCGCCGUCUCCGAGUCCAAGGUCCUAGGAGCGGAAGCUUAUAUUCUGUUCUAUGAACGGCUUCUCUAA